AUGGAGAGCUCUGAUUUUGAAGACGAUUUUUACGAGGAUGAUCUUGAAUCACUGGUUCAUAGCUCUCCAAGUGCAUAUACCCAUACUUUCACCUCGCCAGCUCCAGAACAACGCGCAAGCCAGCACAAGGACAUCCGAGUCAUUGCACCAGAUCAAAACAAAAUCACUCACAUAAAGACACCUCAACUUCCGAUUGAGGUCGUCGAUUACAUCGCUUCUUUCUUGUUCGACUCUUGCCCAUCUGGCUGCUUCUUCCAUGUCCACUCGUUCUCUCUGGUCUGUUCUCAGUUUAGACAUGUCGCACUGCGUCAUUAUUUUUCUUCCAUUCACGUUGCGUCUGCAAAGCAACUUUCUGCAUAUACAAAUUUUCACUUCUCAUUGAUUUCCCGUAAUGCCCCGGGCGAUAGUGUUGGACUCGACUACGUCAAGAACCUGAAACACCUGAUGAUCUCUUCCUCAUCGGACGGAAGACAAUCUCAGACAACCCGACUCAAGCGCAUCUUCUCCCCACCGGCAAUCCCCCUGGUCCCGUGGUUUCCUCCUCAACUGACGUCUCUCACAAUGACAAAACUCUGGCGAAUUGACGUACCUUUGCUCAAAACCGUUGCAUCUGCGUUCCCUUCUGUGAAGAUUCUGCACCUCAGUUGCUCGGAACAGUUAGACGUCUCCUGCUGUUGGACUUGCUUUGAAGAAAGCUCAACUGCAGUCGUGCACUCGCCAAUCCCGAAUUACUUCAAUGACAUCACGAAAUUGACGGACCACUUCGCGGAUUCGCUGGAACCACUGACCCAGUUGACUGAUCUUCACCUUGGCAUUUUUCUUUCAGAUGAGGAAAUGGUGGAAAAGCAUAUCGAGCACUACGACACCCCAUUGGAAUUCGACCAUAUGCACCGAAUAACGUUCAGUUCCAAAGCUGCAUCUCCACCCACCGGAAACAUCCUCAGUCAAUUGGAAACCGAGACUACCACUGGACUCAUAUCGUAUUCAGUAGACCAAGAUGACAAAAAAGAAGAGUCUCACUCCGGAACCUGUACCGAAGAUCUGCCCUUUCCUCAUGGCCCAGAGCUCUGCCGUACAUGCAAGCUUAUCGGAUCCGCCUCCAAGGUACGCACACGAGAGCUGGAGGCAAGUCUCGCGCUCGCAAGGAAAAUCAAAACAUUACGCACGGUCAGCUGGAGUUCGUUCUUCACAUCUCAGGUCUUCGAGCCAGACGACAACAAGGCCGGCGAUUGGCUUAGGAGGACUACAGCCUACAUUUUACGCGCGAAUGGGAGGGUGCGAGUGCGCAGGAGACCUUGGUAG